UGUUCUGUGGUAAGGUACUUUAGUCUCUGUUAUUCUUUAAUUAUUUUAUUGUUUUCUAUAAUUCAAAUAUUACCGAAUUAAAUUAAAUUACAAAGUAUAAAUAAUAAGUGACGUUGUGGAACUGUAUAAUUAAAAGUGAUUAUGGCAUCUCCGUCUCCGAAGUCUCCAGAACAAAGCGAAAAAAAUAAGCAAUAUGACCGACAACUUCGUCUCUGGGGUGAUCAUGGACAGGCGGCACUUGAAAGUGGACAUAUUUGCUUGAUAAAUGCGACUGCAUUGGGCACGGAAGUACUCAAAUCUAUAGUUUUACCCGGAGUCGGCUCUAUUACUAUUGUUGACGAUCAUAUUGUAAGCGACGAAGAUAUCGGAUCUAAUUUCUUCCUUGAAUGCUCAAGUAAAGGUCUGAAUAGAGGGUCUGAAGCAAUGCGAUUACUAUUAGAAAUUAAUCCUGAUGUCCAAGGACAUUCCGUUCAGGAACCACCAGAACAAAUAUUGGAACAAAAUCCAGAUUUCUUCAAAUCAUUCAGUGUUGUAAUAGCAACUGUACUUAGUGAGAAAACUAUUCAAAAGUUAGGACAGCAUUUAUGGGACAUUAAUGUGCCUUUGAUUUUAUGCCGAUCAGUGGGUUUCUUGGGGUCCUUCAGGAUUCAAAUUAAAGAGCAUGCUAUUAUUGAAACUCAUCCUGAUAAUGAACAGCCAGAUCUACGCUUAGAUGUGCCAUUCCAAGCAUUGUCAGACUAUUUAAACAGUUUCAAUAUUGAUGAUGUUGACUUGAAAGAUCAUGGACAUAUACCUUGGAUUGUAAUCCUUCAUAAAGCAGUACAAAAAUGGCAAGUUAGUAACCCAAACAGUUGGCCAAUGAGUAGGAAAGAGAAAAAUGAAAUAAAGAAUUUGAUACAAGAAUACAUUAGAAAAGAUGAAAAUGGGAUACCUAUAAAUGAAGAAAACUUUGAAGAAGCCAAGAGAGCAGUUAAUACUUCAUUAGUACCCACAUUUUUGCCAGUCAAGAUUCAAGAAUUCUUGUAUAGUGGAUCUGCCACAAAUUUAACUAAGGAGAGCCCACCAUUCUGGAUAAUGUGUUCGGCUUUACGGAGUUUUGUAGAAGCUGAAGGGAAGGGUAAAUUACCAGUUCGUGGGGUGUUGCCUGAUAUGACUGCAUCAACUGAACAUUAUGUUACACUUCAAAAUAUUUAUAGAACACAAGCUGCAAUGGAUGCUGAAAUUGUAUAUAGGAAAGUGCAGCAAAUAGUAUCUCAACUGAACUGUGACACAAUAAGUGAAAAUGAAGUUAAGUUAUUUUGUAGACAUUCUAAUGAUCUAUAUUUAAUAAAAGGUUCUAAUAUAGUUACUGAAUAUCAACUGGGUACCCCUGUAGCAUCAUAUAUUGCAAGACAUCUGGAGGAACCUGAUGUUAUGAUGGUGCACUAUAUAUUGUUAAGAGCAGCAGAAAUAUUCCAAUCUGAACAUUGUAGAGCACCUGGAGAAUGGGAGCCAGAAGCAGAUAUUACUAAAUUGAAAUCAUGUGUUUCAAAACUACUCAGUGACAUAUCAUGUUCACCUUUCCCUAAAGAUGAUCAUAUUCAUGAAAUGUGUAGGUAUGGAGGUGCUGAAAUACACACUGUAUCAGCUUUUCUAGGUGGUUGUGCUGCUCAUGAGACAAUUAAAAUAGUAACAAAACAAUAUAAACCUGUAAAUAAUACCUUUAUAUAUGAUGGAGCUUCUACAAAUACUGCAACGUUUACAUUUUAAUGGUAAUUUAAAUGUGUAAUAAAAUUAAUAAAUUAUAACUGAAUAUUAUUUAUAAUAAUCCAGAUAUCUGUUUUCAUGUAUUUGCCUAUUACUCAUGACACGCAUGUCACUUGGAUAUGAGCAGCAAUAUUAGCAGUUGGUAUAAGUAUUCCAAGAACUCACACAGAAAACACAUGCAUGUGGGCAAUA